GGUUGUUCGAGGAAAAAAGGAGAAGGAACUCGAUGGCCCCUGCUCCUGCCGCUUUGAGUCAUAAUUCCGAGGAUCAUAUGCAGGAGGCUGAUCAAGUAGAUCUUGACGACCGAGGAUACGAGCGACCGUUCUCCUUGCUAAGAGCGAACAUUCCACAAGAACAGCUACCCCCCGCUAAGAGCGAGACAAAUAGCGCGAAGGAACUUGAUGGCUCCUUGCCUGCGCCAGCCGCAACUUGUUUGAAGAUGGAGCAACAAGCAGAUCAAAUCUGGUUCCAAGAACAACAGCACAACAAGCAUUUUCCAUUAGUACAACAACAAGAGGACAGCACCCGAACAUCGAAGCAGGAGAGUCCUUUAGUGUCGGACGAAAGUGCGGUCGAGCAAGAAAGCGGAGGCUUCAGAUGUGUCACGAGCAGGAGAGAGCAAUUCAUUUCGUCAUCGCCAUAUACUCUCAAUACAACUGGGUCUCCAUCGGCGCAGGGAGGCGUUUUUUCACUGACAUCCACGUCAAACAACAACUACGCUUCUCGACCGGGGAACAGUAUUAACCUUGCCGGAACCUCCAACUACCACUUUGGAGUGAGCGCUACCUCUACAUCUUCAUCUUCCUCAUCUUCUCACCGACGAGACAAUUUUUACAGUACGCCAAGUCCAAACAUUGUUUUGAUAGACGACGACGCUGACUUCUCCACAGGAGGAGCACUAGGCAAGCAGCAGAGCAGCACUUCGAAUGAAGCACGUGAUCAUGGAAAUAAUAAUGGUACGAUGAUAUUACCUGAGGACAACAUCAGAGCUAGAAGGAACUACGACAACACGAACACGACGAACACCCACACGGACACAGCGUACACGACCUCCUCCCGAAGUAGGGCUAGGGUUUUUAAGAAUAAGAUGCUUGUUGAAGACACUGAAGAAGACUAUCACCGUACUAGAUCUCGCUUGGAGCAUCGGAAAACUCCGGCAUCAAGUAGAGCCAGCAGUGCAAGACCAAGACCGGGGAGAGGUAGGUACUAUGAAGAAGAAGAACAUCAACAUAUUAGAGAACGUCACGACCAUAGUAGGAGUCGUCGAGGAGAAACAAGAAGAACGAGAAGGCGCGGUCGGUACGUUGACUAUGAGCAUGAAGACAACGAUCUCGAUCAUGAUAUGCCGAUGAGAAUCAGAAGGUCUUCUCCCACGCCCUCACCUUCCAAUAGAACCAUGGCCAGCACGACCAGGACAAAGAAGAUACUGACGAAAGGCCUCCACUUUAUGGAGGACGAUCAGCUAGUGUCAGAUCUAGUAGACCUAGACCGGGACCGUGACUAUACAGGAGCACCUAGGACAUCAGAGAAAAUGGACAUGGAGAGAGCAAAUCACGUUGAAGCAGCUCCAACGUCGUCGAGCAGUCCCACUGAACCAACUAAAGCGUGCCUUCAACGUCCCGCAAAGAAGCGUGUGUGGCUUUUUUCAGCGUUGUUUGUGGCAUUGACGGUUAUUCUGGCGAUCGCUUUCAAUAUAGAAUUUUCUCCCCCGACUGCGACCGACCCGCAGUCAUAUGAGGAACGGCAGCAGAGUGCACCUACAAAUGCAAGUGGUGUCUCCACUUCUACCACCUCUUUCCCCGCACAUGCGUCUUCGAACGAUAAUGAGAAUGCAGCACGACAGGAGCCGGCUUCUCGUGGAGCGACCCUUAAUACUGCAGGAGCCACGACAGGUCUUCAAGCUUCGAGCAUAGCAACAAGCAAGAAUCGUCGUUCCAAUGCCGGUCAUCAAAAGCAAAAUGUUCAAGGCGUGUUUCAUCCCAGAGCAAGGAAUCUAGGAGCAGCUUCAACUACGAAAGAUCCGGAUCAAUCUUCAUCCAAGAAAAAUGGCGAUCCUCAUCAAGUUGACAACGACUUCUAUCACCGACCACAAGUUGUUGAAGAUAACGACAAUCCAAGUGCAAGAAGUGUAGACGGCAGGAGACCACGACCUUCCAAUGGUGACCAUUAUGACCAAGGCAGCGCCCCCAGUGGCCUUGAUGCAACACUUGACGAUGAGGAGGAAGACCUCUAUAUUUCUGUUAAGGAUCGAGAAAAUGCGCAGAAAUGGAACGAAAGUCGUAGUCGGAUCGCCCAAUCUGACAGACUAAACGAAGACAGGCUGAACCGUAUCGUUGCUGCUGCGCUACCUCCGAGACGCACAUGAAGAUGAAGGGAUCGUUGAAGACCCACCCACGAAGAUAGCCCCAGCCAUAUAAUUACCUAAUCCUAAACUUCUGCCUCGAAAAAUGAGCCUCUGCCUCCCGACCCAAACCCACGCCUACUCCAUUGCCCUCAGGUUUAUGCGAUUGGAAACCUUCACCCUUGCUCCAUAUUUUUGUUGUCUAGUGCCUGCAAGGUGGAUCUACGCAUCCGUCUUCGCGCUUACGAAAAACUUUACAUGGUUCUCUUCGGUGAUGAACUACAUGUUGAACAUAUCUUACUUGUCUUUGUCUUAGAGUUAGACGCCCGAGCGGGAUUCUUUUUUCAAGACAUAUUGUUUUAUACGGUGCCAGGCACGCGGACGCGCAUUGGCUUCGACAUUGCUAUUGUGAUGUGCGUUGGUUCGAGU